UUGGAGUCAGAGGCAAAAACCGCUGCAUAUAAUUAUUAGCAGUUGAGAAGAACUCCAUGUUCAAUAUUCUUUGUUUUGUUUAAUUAUUCCUUAAGAAAAAUAUACCAAUUCUUUUGGUUCUGUCAAUUCUUACGGUCAAGAGAAUACCCCAAUUCAUGAUGUGAGAUGAAAUAAGGAGAUCUGAAUUUUCAGAUCUCGUUAUUUCAUAUUACUUUAUGAUUUAGAUCUUCCCAGUUCUAUCAAUCUUACCACCUUCACCUUUUCUCAGGAACUAUAUGGAGUUGUCCUGAUAUUCCUGCUACUGGUAUCGCUGGUCUAAUUUGUGCUGGUGCUGAAUUUGUUGUUGAAUCUGCCUAGGAAUUUCUUGAUGAUUUGUCUGACAAUUCGCGAGUGCAUUGGAACUAUAUGGAGUUGUUCUGAUAUUCCUGCUACUGUUAUCCCUGGUCUAGUUUCUGCUAAUGCUGAAUCUGCUGAGGACUUGACUGUAGAUUUGUCUGACAAUUCGUCUCACUGCAUUGGUACUUCAUUUGUUUCUGUGCUUCUACUGGACAUGGUUCUCAUGGCAUCAGAUUGCAGGAUCGGUGCAUUGGUAUUUCUAAACUGCCACGCAUUGUCCCAAUAGGCCACGCCUGAUAAAAAUUGGCUUCAUGAACUAUAUUUCCGUGACAAGUCAAGGUCAAGGUGGUACUUAACAAGGUGCAAACACAAUUAUGAGGAUCCGGGCAGGGGAAGUUUCCAGCCAAACCGACGAAUCUCCAAGGUGAGAUCCAUACUCCUUGCUCUUCUCUUGGUAUGCUUUUUUCAUGUUUGUUUUGGUUUUAGGGUUUGUGAGGAGGAAUAAUAUUAUCUCUAAUUUCAAAUUUGCAGCUUAAUUUAUUUGUUGCAUGUAUGGUUCUAGGAUUACCAUUCAUGAAUUUUAAUUAUUUAGUUAGGGUACUUGAUGAUGCCUAAUUUUUUGUCUUCAUAAAUAUUCCAUGGCUUUGCCUAAAAUAUGUAUUCUUUUUUCCUUCUUCAUCUAAGUUUAAGCAAUUUUGUGUUACGUAUUGCUGAGCAUAUUUUUUUGUAGAAUCAAUUAAGUAUCCUACCAAUUCUGUUCGAACUGCCCGGAGAGGAGCAAGUUCAUGGCAAUAAUUGACCCUGUUAUUGGUCUAUCUCGUCCAACCCCAUCAUCUUGCUGGUUUCGAGGAUGCUGUUAAAUUAUAGUCUUGGGCUGUUGUUCUCGUCUUUAAUUUCUUUGAGUUUCAGCAGUCUGUAGUCUCCGUACGUGUGUCAUGUGUCAUGUAUGUCUAUGAGUAAGCUCACCCCGCCCCGUCCAUAGUCACUGAUGGCUGUCGGAUAGAUACUGUGUUUGGGUUUGGUUUGCUUGUACUGGUCUUGGAAUACUAUGUUCUUAUUUUUUUGGUGCAAAGCCCUUUGCUUGUACU